AUGUCUCUCAGCAAACAUGCCCUCUCCCUCGUCCUCUACCUCUGUGCUUCCUUCCUCCGCUCCGGCUUGCAUGUCGACGGCUCUGAGGAGCCGAAGGCUUACAUUGUUCACGUCAAGGGCCCCGAGAAGAUGGACUUCGAUGUCGCAGACCAAUGGAGCGAAUGGUACUCCUCUCUCUUGGAGAGUGCAGCUACACCAUUAGGACUGGAGUCUGAAGAAGGUGACCCGCGCUCGCGCCUUAUCUACUCCUACCGCAACGUCAUGACGGGCUUCGCUGCGCGGCUCACCCCGAGGGAGGUGGAGGCCAUGUCGACGAUGGACUGGUUUCUGCACGCCUACCCCAGCCGUGUUUACCGCCUUAAGACAACACACACACCCGAGUUCCUGGGACUGAGGCUGGGCGUGUGGAACGAGAGCAACAUGGGCGAAGGAAUCAUCAUCGGCCUCCUCGACACCGGCGUCACCCCCGGCCAUCCUUCCUACGACGACCACGGCAUGCCGCCGCCGCCGGCCAAGUGGAAGGGGCGCUGCGACUUGAAGGCGUCGGCUUGCAACAACAAGCUCAUCGGUGCAAGGUCCUUCAUCAAUCACGACGGACGCGACCGUCGUUCGACUGGCACGCCCGUCGACGAAGAAGGUCACGGCACGCACACGUCGAGCACCGCCGCCGGGGCGUUCGUGAAGCGUGCCAACGUCAACGGGUUCGCCCCGGGAGUCGCUGCCGGGAUGGCUCCCCGAGCUCACAUCGCUGCCUACAAGGUGUGCGACGAAAUCGCAUGCAUGGGUCACGACAUGUUGGCCGCCAUGGACGCCGCGGUGGACGAUGGGGUCGACGUGCUCUCCUUCUCGAUCAGCGCCGACCCAAUUCCCUUCCACUCGGACCCGAUCGCGCAGGGUACCUUCAACGCUAUCGGCAAAGGUGUCUUCAUCAGCUGCUCAGCCGGCAACGAGGGGCCUGAUCCUGGCUCCGUGAAUAACGAUGCGCCGUGGGUACUUACGGUGGGAGCGAGCACCACAGACCGCCUCUUCUUGGCCUCCGUGAAGCUUGGCAACGGACGAAAGCUCUAUGGGGAAUCACUGCACCGGCCGCGUUCCUUCAACCCCAAAAUGCUACCUCUCGUUUACCCCGGCUUCGUCACGGCUAAAGAUGGCGCCUACAUGUGCAUCAAUGGCACCUUAGAUGGUGUGGACGUCCGCGGAAAGUUAGUGUUGUGCCAGCUUGGCGUCAUUGACAGUGUGCAAAUGAGUGAAGUCGUCAAGAAAGCCGGCGGUGCCGGGAUGAUCGUCAUGAACUAUCCGGUAGACGGGUACACGAUCAUAGCCGACGACCAUGUGCUCCCGACAUCCAUGGUUCCAUACGCUUACGGACUCGAGAUCCAGGCCUACAUCAACUCCACCUCUACCCCGAUCGCGAACAUCAUCUAUCACGCCAAGGAAGUUAGCAAUUGGGAGGCCAAGGUGGAAGCCCAAGGGGUGAAGAAGUACAAAGCCUUGAGAGACUUCAAGAAGGGUCUAGCAAGGCUGAGGCAUAACUCCUUAGCCUUUGGCUAUGACCUUGCCAUGUCUCGGGCCAAGUACGAUCACCCUGACAUUGAGCUCCCUGAGAAUCCGAUUGACAAGCGCCCCACCAACGACGAGGUCAUGAUCAGCUCAAGUGACAUCGUCGACUGA